CAAGGCUUACCUCAGCACAGCUCAGCUCCACCUGCCCUUUAUUGAGGAACACCCCAGUCACUCUGUAACAUACAUUUACAGUAGACUCCUGUCUUACUAUGAGGACUUGCAGGAGCCGAUAAAGCGAGUUGUUUUGGACUAUUGGAUUAACCGGAGACUUUUGGCGGAUCAAACGGAUCGGUGUUUGAGUGCGCGCGCUUGUCGCGAGAAGGGCUGAAGAAUGUCGCGCGACCCGGAGGAGGUGAAUAAACUGACCGAGAGCACUUACAAGAAUGUUAUGGAACAGUUCAACCCAGGGCUGCGUAACCUCAUAAACCUGGGAAAGAGCUACGAGAAAGCUGUUUCAGCCAUGGCCCUGGCUGGAAAGCAGUAUUUUGAUGCUGUAUCUAAGAUCGGAGAGAAUGCAGCCGUAUCUCCCGUUUCCAGAGAACUGGGGGUCGUUCUUAUGGAGAUCUCAGAUGUCCAGCGGAAAGUCAAUCUAGAACUGGAGGAGAAUUUUAAACGUUUCCAUCGGGAGGUUAUUGUGGAGUUGGAGAGGAAAUCAGACAUGGAUGUGAAAUACAUGACGGCAACGUUUAAGAGAUACCAGACUGAACACAAGAUGAAGCAGGACUCGCUGGAGAGAUCUCAAUCAGACCUGAAGAAAUUCAGGAGAAAGAGUCAAGGAAAGAACGCUUCGAAGUACGAGAGUAAAGAGAACGAGUGUCUAGAAACACUCACAACCCGUCAGAUGGACAUGCAGAAGUUCAUCGCUGAGGGCUGCCGAGAAGCUCUGCUGGAGGAGAAGAGGAGGUUCUGCUUCCUGGUGGACAAGCAUUGCACCUUCUCCUACCAGAUUGCUGCUUUUCAUGACAAGGCUCGAGAGCUGCUGAUGGAGAACGUGACCAAUUGGCAAGACAAAUGCAGUGAUGCUACCAACGUCCCAGAGAGCGUGAUGUCCAUGAUAGAAGGUCUGCGCACUCCAGUGUCCAUCACUCCACAGGCGUCUCCAGCCCCCAAGCGCCACAGCAGGACCAGCUCUGAAGCAAUGAUUCCACCUCCAGCACCUCCACAGACGAGUCCCCUUGCCAACAUGUUUAAUCAAAACCAUUCCAGAGAGGAAACAGAGUCAGACUACACCAAUGAGGACAGUGGAUUGUCCAGAUCUGUGUCUGUGGCCACUGGACUCAAUCUCACAGACAAAAGACCCAAAGUAUGCACCAUUUUCCCCCACAAGUCUGGAAACAACAACACGCUGCUGAGCUUUGAAGAGGGUGACAUCAUCAUACUGCUGAUUCCUGAUGAGAGGGACGGCUGGCUGUACGGAGAACUGCAGAAAACCAGGCAGCGGGGCUGGUUUCCAUCAUCUUACUGUCGUGCAUACACAGAGCCAGCAGUAAAUAACAGUAAUGUGGGAAACCCUCCGAUGCGCAGUAAGAGUGUGGCCAACCUCAUGCAGCAGGACACAGAGGAUGACAUGAUGGUUCUGCCUCCAGCGGACUACAGCGACUCCCCCAUCAGGAAAAACUCCAAGACCCUGUCAGACACGUACACCCCCUCCUCAUAUGAAAACUCUGUGCCUCAGUCAAACGGGAUGCCAAAGCACCCUAUCCUGGGGGGAGGGAAUCCAUUUGCUACAGUGAAACUUCGGCCCACAGUCACCAAUGACAGAUCGGCUCCCAUCAUGUGAUCAGCACCACAACUGACCUACAUGCACUCACAGUGCAGACUACAGUGAACUUGGCUGUUUUAAACACAUGCACUUCCACAAGGAUCACUGGAUUUGAACAGAGACCCCAGAGGAUGCUGUGUUUCACAAUAACAUACAUAUGCACACCAGCACCACAUACUGUUCAACCGCUUUAUUUAUGUCGAUCCCUUUUAAUGCUCUAUCUCUCUGUAUAUAUUAUGAAUGUGUCUAUAUACAGAGAGAGGGAAAUGAUGUAUAGCAAUUUGGUCUUAAGGAUCACUAAGGUAGGUAGUCCGAUGUUUGGCAUCCAUUUUAUUGGGAGUAUCAUUCUGUAAAUAUCACGAGAAGGUGGGCGUGAUAUUAACUUUUUAUUCAAUCAUAGUUAAGAACUUUUUAUUCUCAGUUGACAUGUACAAGACUUGAUGGGACCCCGCACUAGCAGAAAAGUCCUGAUGAUAGUGAACUGUAAUACUGAUAUGAGUUGUGAUGAAAAAUCCUAAUUUAUGGUGAGUUCAAUAUGAAUAUCGACAAUGGCACUAUUCCUUACAAUGUUUGAUUUGCAUUAUCCUGGUAUCUGGAAUGAGCUGGAACUGAUGGAUUCCUGAAAAAGAAACUUAUGAAGUGUAUUAAAGGAAUAUUCUGGGUUCAAUACAAGUUGAGCUCAACCAACAGCAUUUGUAGCAUAAUGUUGAUUACUACAGAAAAUAAUUUUGUUAUAAUUUUAUAUAUUUUAUAUACUAUAUAUUUAGAUUACAGUGAGGUGUUUACAAUGGAAGUGAAUGGGGCCAGUCCAUAAAUGCUAAUUGUGUUUCAAUAGUAUAGCCACAUAAUGUAAACAUUAUACAAGUUAAUAUGAUUUUCGUGUGUUAAAAUCGCUGACAGGGUUUACCGGCGUUGCAUUAUCAUGGCAACAAAGUUGUAAUAUUGGAGAUAACUUUACACUGAUAAAGUUAGUAAGUGAUUUUAUCAUACUACAAUCAUGUUUACACAUUUAAUGUUUAUGGACUGGCCCCAUUCACUUCCGUUGUAAUUGCCUUGAACAAGCAUGUUUGUUUUUUUUUGCUUCUUUUUUAUUCUUUCUUUUUUUAUAUAAACGAGGGCUGAAUUGAAAAUAUUUUUGUGGUAAUUUAUAGAGCUAAAACAAUGACUUUGAAUCAGAAUUUUGAUAGACAAAACAUUUAUUUUAUAUAUAUAUAUAUAUAAAAUGUGCCAUAUUUUAGCAUUUUGGCCAAUCACAGAGCUACCAGAUUUCUCUGGCACGAUCCGAUGUAGACAUAAGUUCGACUGCUCCGAUAACCUCAUAUGGCCUAGUUUGUUUACAAUUAAAAAUUUUAAUUUAAAUUGAUAUUUUAAUAUUUUAUCUGAUUAUUAUCUGAUUAUUUAGUUAAUUUUAUCUCUUAAACAAAUUAUGAACAAAAAUACACCAUAGAAAUCUUCAAUUAUGAUAAAUGCCACCUGUCUAAAAUUCAGAUGAGCAAAAUUCAGAUUCAAAUACUUUAUUCAAUGUUCUAGCUCCAUAGUAAUCAACAUUAUGCCACAAAUGAUAUCGAAUGAGCUUAACUUGCAUUGAACCCGGGACUUUCUUCUGGGGUGAUAUGAUCCAAAUUAUGUUUAUAGAUAGGAAACAGACAGAAUAGCAUAGACAUGUUUAUGUAACUAUGUUUACCGGAGUUAGCUGGCUAACUCAGUCAGCUGGCCCUUAGAAAUAGAAUCAAGCAAGCUAUGUGUAGGUAACACAUAAACUACAAAAGCACUUAGCUCAGUUUGUAUUUUAAUAAUAAUCACAUUCUUAUUCAGAAAAGGAGAACUUUGCUUUUAUCAGUCUCAACACUGAAUGAUGAUCCGUAAUUGGUCAGUGGACAGUGAUUCAUUUAUCUUAAUGCUUGAGGGAUUCAUUUGCCUUUGAUUGUAGCAGUGCACCUUUCUGUUGCUGUUGGCCUGAGAUUUUCAGACCGUUGCUGUAUGAAAAUAAAAAUAUAUUAUUUCUGAAUGCGUGCUGCUGUUAAAAAUUACCUACUGAAAGUUACUGUAUAACAGGACUGUUUAACCUCAAAAGAAAGGAUGAAUAAUUUAUAUUAAGAGACACUGUAAAGAAAAAUGAAUAAUUAAGUCUUUUAAGAACAACUAUAUCUGAAUGCUAAACACCAGCCUAGUUAACAUUCAGAAAUCCAAGCAUUUAUAAAAUAUA